GGAGGGUUGGAGGGGCGGGUGUGCUCUCCCAGCAGAUCCAGGAGCUCAGAAGAAACUCAGUCGGAGGUUCGUAUCGGAGACACACAGACAGAAUGCAGCAGGGUGUCAUACUUGUGGUCCUUUUGGUCCUGGUGGACCCCCUCCACGGGGUGCCAGCGCUUGCCGAACCUCUCUUCCCCACACAGGAGAACUUUGACCUGAGCAAGUUCAUGGGGAAGUGGCAUGAUAUUGCGGUAGCGUCCACCUGUCCCUGGAUGCAGCGCCACAGAGGAGACGCAGCUAUCGGCAUACUGGAGCUGCAGGCCGGGGACACUGAAGGCAAAGUCAGCAUGAAACGCAGCAUGAAAAAGCACGGGACAUGUAAGCAGAUCUCUGGUGAUUAUGAGCUAACAGACACACCUGGAAGAUUCACUUACCACGUUGCCAAGUGGGGGGCUGAUGUUGACGCCUAUGUCGUUCACACUAACUAUGAUGAGUAUGCCAUCGUCAUGAUGAGUAAACAGAAGACUGGUGGCGAGAAGACCAAGUCUGCCAAGUUAUACAGCCGCACCAUGGAACUGCGGACCACUAUCUUGGACGACUUCAGGAGGCUGGUGAGGGAGCAGGGCAUGGCUGAUGACACAGUCAUCAUCAAACAGAACAAAGGCGAGUGUAUACCAGGAGCAGAGCCUGUAGCAGCAGAGUCUCAGUCUGAGAUUACGGCACCGGUACUUCCUGUAUUCAAUGAUUCAAGUUUCAAUGUUGAGAGAGCUAAGAGGAACAUAGUCCUCCCUGAUCCUGCCCCUGUAGAGGGCUCCGGUAUGGGUGAUGACACCAUGGUCUUCCGGAGUGCAGAGUCCUGUAAGGCGGAGCCGGACGCAGGUCCCUGUUUCGGGAUGGUGGAGCGCUACUUCUACAACUCCACCAGUAUGGGCUGUCAGCUGUUCACCUACGGAGGCUGUAUGGGCAACCAGAACAACUUUGUGACUGAGAGGGAGUGUCUGCAGAGCUGCCGCACUGAGGCUGCCUGCAGAAUGCCCAUGGAUGCUCAACCCUGCACUGGGCAGCCCAAGAUAUGGGCCUUCGAUCCCAGCUCUGGACUCUGUCUGGAAUAUAAAAAGGACUACUGCCAGGGCAACAGUAACAAGUUCUACUCCAAGGGGGAGUGUGAGGAGUACUGUGGGGUGAUGAAGGAUGGCGAAACGGAGUUCCUGAAAGCAAACUGAAGGAGAUUAGAGGUCAUAGGGAAGAAUACAUCCUAACACAGCACAGAACACCGUCUGGGUUAGCCGUCUGAAAGACAUUCAAUACAGAACCCAACACAAUAAAAUGAUGGAUUAAAGCUG